AUGGACGAAGAAGACGAGACUCACUCGCUGCAAUCCCCUGGAGAUUCCCUUUCACCAGCUCCUUCCUCUCCUCCGAUUUUGCCUACAAGCGACGUCACGGUGGCCUCCGUAACAAAACCGCUGGCUUCCUCUCAAUCUCCGUCGAGGAACGCGUUGGCGUUAGUCGUUCACACACCUUCCGUCACCGGCGGUGGAGGAGGGAUUAGCAGCGGUGGGAACAGAAACGGACGAAGCGGAGGAGGAGGCGGAGGGAGAGACGAUUGCUGGAGCGAAGAAGCGACGAAAGUUCUAAUCGAAGCGUGGGGGGAUCGAUUCUCGGAGCCAGGGAAAGGGACAUUGAAGCAGCAACAUUGGAAAGAAGUAGCUGAGAUCGUCAACGAGAGCCGUCAGUGCAAAUACCCCAAAACCGAUAUCCAGUGUAAGAACAGGAUCGAUACGGUGAAGAAGAAGUACAAGCAGGAGAAGGCUAAAAUCGCUUCCGGUGAUGGACCUAGCAAAUGGGUCUUCUUCAAAAAGCUCGAGACUUUGAUCGGAGGAGGAAGCACCAUCGCCGGUUCGAAAUCCUCCGAGAAGGCUCCGAUGGGGGUUCUUGUGAACAGCCGGUUGAAUCAGUUUAAACGGCAAGCUAAAGGAACACAGAUUCUUCAACAACAGGGGGAUUUGAAAAGAAGCUCUGAUUCAAUGCGGUGGCAUUUCAGGAAACGGAGUGCUUCUGAGACUGAAUCAGAGUCUGAUCCUGAUCCUGAGCCUUCUCCUGACUCUGCUGAAAGUCUUCCACCGCCUCAACCGCCGUCGUUUCAGCUCAAAAAGCGGUUGAAGAUGGAGAAGCCAGUAGGAGGAGGAGGAGGAGGGAGUGGAGUUGAGGAGGUGGCGAAGGCGAUACUCGGAUUCACGGAAGCUUAUGAGAAGGCGGAAACUGCUAAGCUGAAGCUAAUGGGGGAAUUGGAAAAGGAGAGGAUGAAGUUUGCGAAAGAGAUGGAGUUGCAGAGGAUGCAGUUCUUGAAAACUCAGAUGGAGAUAACAAAGAACAAUCAAGAAGAGGAGAGGAGCAGUAGGCAAGGAGAGAGAAGGAUCAUUGGUGAUGAUGAUGAUGAUGAUGAGCGCAAUGUCAAGAACAAUGGCGAUGUAAGUAGCUGA